ACACAAACAAAACCGAGCCUUCACCUUUACAAGACUAUCCAGUGACACUACUUCAAUUUUUAAUGUAUCUGUAUCAUAAUCGACCAGAUUUUAUGCUGAUUUGUAUGUCUUCAGAUAUUUUGAGUGCCCUUGGUUCUACAUUAUUUCCAGUUUUUUUAUCUCAUUCCGAGCAUAAUAGUGAAGUUAAUUCACCAGUAGAAGAUGUACAGUCAUUAUCUGAAGAUGAUAGUUUAAUAUUUAUAAAGUCACCAGAACAUCCUGUAACUAGUAAAGGUAGCAGUCUAACAUCUCAUCCAGGCCGAAAAUUUGUCAUGGAUUUUUUACGUGUUAUUAUUGUUGAUAGUUUAUCAUUACCUGUUACAACAAAACAGGCACCAGUUAUUGAUAUGUUAUUAGAGGCUGCUCCUUCUCAUUCUUCUCAUGUACAGCAAUGCGAAUUUCAAACUGAAGUGUUAUCAUCCUUAAUGGAACAUUUAUUAGCUGCAGACGUGUUGUUGGGAGAACAAGCUGCUCUUCCUAUUGCAACUGGAGGAAGCUAUUCUUAUAUUACUCCAAAUGUUUUCUAUUUUACAAGUUGUUUAGUUGAUAAACUUUGGCAAGGUAAUUAAAAUAAUAAUAAAUUA